AUUAGUGUGAAUGGAUUUCCGCGAGACCCGUUCACACUGCGGAAUUUCAGCGCCGCUGAAACUGUUCCGCGCAAAGAAAGAACAUGUUCAUUCUUUGCACGGAAGUCCGCGAGCACUGCAUAGCUGUCAAUGGUGACGGCUCAGUGCCGCCCGGUUCUACCGCCGCCGCCGGCUGCCAGUCUGAAUCUCCGCUCGCUGAAUUCAGCGAGCGGAGAUUCCGUUCACACACUGUAGUGUGAACAUACCCUAAUGGGUCAUUAUAAGGAUAUUUUUGAGAUUUUGGAAGCUGGGAUACUCACUACACCCAUGCAUAUCUAUAUAAUAAAGUAUGGGAGGAACUUAAAAUUUUUUUUAAAUCACAUGGAGUUUUGACUUUACUUCAUUAUGGUCGAAUAAAGCACUUAAAGAAUUCCUUAAAAUUAAAGAUUCACUCUUUUGGAUGAAAAGGGGAUUAUUUAUGUAAGUCAAUUAUACGCUUUAGGUCAAAUAAAAUCGUUUGAAGAGAUAGCCCAUAAGUAUGGGGUGGCAGACAAUCAGAAACAUUGUUUUUUUACAAAUAAGUAACGCAGAUCAUAAACCGAUAAAAGGAGAGAUUGGAGAUUUCAGGGAUUCUAUAUAUAAGAAGUUUAAUUAGACUAUUUCCUUAUGUGUAGUUGCUGUCUGGGCAUGCUGGGAGUUGUGGUUCUGCAGCGGUUGGGGGUUCACAGCUUGAAGACCACUGCUAUAGAGGGUGCAAAUGUAUCUGAGCCCUGGAACUCAAAUAAUGUGAAAUAUGAGAUGAUCAAAAUGGAGCCCCUGCACUGAUUACUUGGGUUCUGGGGUCUGUAAGGUCCAUAGUAAAAACAUCAGGUUCUGUCUAUAGCAGAUACUAAAUUGUGGAAGCUCAAAGAAACAAGCAGUCAUUCUGACAUGUCACAUGUGAUGUCAUAGACAGCUGGAGGCUUGACAUUCCACUGACAGCUGCCCGAGCCUUCAGUCUGUAGAUUGUUCCAGUGAGAUUAGUGAGAUUAGCGUCUUCUUCUUCUACUUGUCUGAAAUGGAGCUAAAAGGUUUGGGGUUCGUCCCCCUCCUGUUGGCGUUUUGGUGUGCGGCCUGGCUUGCCACCAGCUACAUCAUGACGGUCGUCCUCGGCCAUGCCGCCUCGCCACUGAUGAGCAUCAGUGAAGUGGGAAAUUUCUUUCCCGAAAGCAUUUUAUUCAGAAUUGGAUUCAUAGGGAUGUCCAUUGGCACUUUGGCACUAACCUUUCUUAUUUAUAAGUAUAUGGUUAUGCAUACUGAAGAGUUCAGGGGUCAUCAGGUCCUGAUCCAGAGGAUCCUGCUGGCCAUUGUGGGGGCCUCCUGUUUUGCCACAGCUGUCAUGCAUGUAUUUUCCCCCAAAGAAUAUCCCAGGAUACACUUUGUCAGCACGAUAAUUUCCAUUACAUGUGAAGCCUUAUACUACCUUGGGCAGUCCAUCCAGAUGUAUAAAUUACCAGGAGCAAACAAAGUCAUCCACCAUAGUAGAUGCACCUGCUGUGGCCUGACUUUUGUCUGUGUAAUUUUCUAUUUUGAAUAUGAAACAUUAAAGGAAUUAUUCUAUGAUGAUGAAGACUGGGACGAGAUCCGUGAAAUCCCCAUCAUAAUCAUCGAGUGGGUGAUGCUUCUACUGAUCCUGAUAAACAUCGUGACCUAUUAUUCCACCAUGCAGAGGUUAAUGUUAACCGUCUCCAGAAACAGCUGCGCACUCUCUCUUAGAGUAAAAAUUGAUGACUUCGGGGUGUAGACCACCACGUGGGCCAUCAAGUGGACUUCUGGGAGAAAUACUGCACAGGAUACGGAAAAACAUCUAAAGAAGAAUAACUGGGGGACUACAUAUGGUGCCAGUAAUCAUGACACAAUAAUAU